AUGAUGGAAUGUGAGGCGGCAAGGAGAGAACAUCCAAAAAUUUUAGAUUUGGUCGAACGAAUUAAAUAUGAGACGCUUCUUUGUGAUGGAAAUGUGAGUUUCGCUCCGGAUUCUUAUUUUGAACUUGAAAUUUAGUAGAAUCUAGUUUGGCCUCUUCUCCCUAAACUAGAAUCUAGUUAUGCGGGAAGUGAUAAAACAUCAGUUUUUUUGCGUUAUCUUUGCCUUUUUUGGUUGUUGACAUGCGUGUUUAUAGUUUGAUUUUCUGGGAAUCAAAAACAAGAUAUGAUUUUUUGGAGGGAAAAGUCACAUUUGGAGUUUUUUGUUCUGCAAAACCUGCUUUGCAAAUAAUAGAUACUCUAGAAUCUGCUUAAUAUUUUAACCUCAAAAUCCACGUAUCCAAUUUUGAUCUCCAGAAAAAUUCAUGAAACUCGUGAUCUGAAAACCCACAGGGGCAAAACAGUGUGAAAAAUUAUCCGCGAGUAAGAUUUCAAGAUCAGAACAUAGAUUAUAUAUUCAAAAUGGUUUUCUAUUUAUUGUCAAUUAAAUUAUAAGAUUUGCAACGCGUUGCGGCUCAAAUCCUACAGUACUCCACUUUCGUCAAACCAAAAGCAGAUUAUCUUCAUAAUUGUCUCUCUGUUUCAGAAAAAAAAGAUUUUUGUUUUUCAUAGCGCUUAUCUCUAGAUACAGUAAUAAAGAACUACAUUUAUAAAAAUCUAUAAUUAAAUGAACAAUUAUAGAUUAGAUGAAGUUUAGCCUCUACAAAACAAAUAUACAUAAAUGGUACAAAUCCGGGAUUAGAUAAUUUAAAAUUAAUAUUAUUAUAGGAAAACUGGGAGUGGGCAUUAAAAUCAGUUCGAUUGGUCGCAAAAAAUGUCAAAAAAGCAUCGAAAUUCGAAACUUUCUACAAUAUUAUUAUGAAUGGCGAGACUUCUACAAGUUGUUGUCAUCUAGUCAAGUAAGCCUUAAUUCACAAGGGGAACUUUUCAAUUUGAAAAAUCUGGAGUUGAAACAGUUCCCUUAUUUGAUUCAUGAUCUUAAAUCAUCUCAUCAAAAAAUAUUUUCAGCGAGCGUUUACAAGGCGAUCGUGGUCGUAUGAAUCUUUUCAUUCUUCGUUUGUACAGAUUCCCAUUUAUCAGAUAUUACACACAAUUUGAAUCAAAUAAUAAUUGUCGACAUAGAUAUCAUCGACAUAAAACAUCGGCUUGUAUGAAUCCAUGGCAUUAUGAAUUGGUUGCAGUUCCAGAUCAUAGUAUGUUUUUGCUACAAUUAAAUUGUUUUCAAUUUGGUUAGGCGUGGUCUAAAUGCAAUUUCAACACCCUGUUUUUUACAAAUAAAGUUUUUUUUCAGGAUUGCCUGCGAUUGUUGUGAAUCACAAUUUGAAUUUUGGAAGUUAUGAGAAUCUUAUUGGUAAAGAGGAGACUUUUGAUUUCAGUGGUAAGUUUUUAACCUAAAAAUCAGACAGCAAACGGUAUCACUAAUUGAAAAUUAUUUUAGAUAAGGACUAUGGAUGCGAAAACAAUACAAUGUUUCCAGUACCAAGUGUGGCUAUGCAUGGAGAUGAACUAAACAUUUUGUAUCGAAGAAUUGAAAUUGACAAAGAACCACGCAGUCCAACUGCUUUGCUUUCUCCACCAAACAGCGAAGCAACAAGUGAAAUAAAUGACGACGAAACAUUGGAUAUUUCAAGUCUUGAAAUUUCACCAGAACAAUCUACAUCAGAUGUGGAAAUGGAAGUAUCUGAAGAAACAUCAGAUGAACAGCAAAAAGAAAAAGAAAACACGCCAAUAUCACAAUCACUUGAAAAUCAACAACAACCAAAUUCGCCAACAAUAAUUAAUCCACCAUUGUUGGAUCAUUACGGUUCACCGCCACGUGGCAAAAAAUACCGAAAAAUGAAGCGGUUUGAGGAUGAGCCAAUUGAGAUUUUGUUCGAGGAGGAAAAGAUUCCCGGAUAUGAUGCAGCUAUGGGAAAAUGGGGUUAGUUUGGAAAAGAAUUUGGACAGGAAAUUCGGAAGAAGAUUUGAUUAUUUCCGGCAAAAAGAAAACGGAAAUUAUCAUAUGAUGGUUUGGAAAAAAAUAGAAUUGACAACUUUAUAAACAGAAAAUAGAGUUUUUUUGGAAGUUUUUUGAGCUACAGAAGAAAUCAGGCAAACAAAUAAGUCCAUGUUUCAAAAUUCCACGUGUAGUUUGUAAUUUUGAUAAACUCAAAAAUCCAAAUUUUCCCCCAAGUUCAUUAUUUUACAGAAAGAGCUCUUCAAUCAAAAGAAGAAAAUUACUCAUGCAUCGAAUUUUCGAAUGUCGUUCAACAAUGGGCUCAAUUAACAUAUUAUGAAGAAGGUCAAAUAUGUGCGCCAAUAAUGAAAUUAUCGAGUCCAAAUAUAUUAGUCGAUGGAUAUACAAGUGCUGAAUCAACAGCUGAACGAAUGUGUAUUGGAUAUUUUACAAAUCCAGUCAGAUCAAAAGAUUCCGAAUCAUUGAGAAGAUCAAUUGGACAUGGACUUCGAAUUUAUUAUUUGGGAGGAGAUGUGUUUUUGGAGAGUUUGAGUGAACAACCAAUGUUUGUACAAAGUUUUAACACAAAUAUUCGAUGCAGUUUGCCAUUGAAUACUGUUGUUAAGGUUGGUUUCAAAUCAAGCAUCAACCCCAAAAUCAAAUGUUUUUUUCAGCUCUGCCCAUUUGCCACAAUGAACGUGUUCAGUAUGAAAGUAUUUGCCGCCCAACUUUCUGAAAAUGCUGAUAAAAAUUACCAAGGUAUAGAACCAGAAGAUCAAAAUUGUUGUUUGUGUAAUCCAAUUUUUCUUGAAAAAUUACAUGUAUAAUUUUUUUUAGGAAACCAUCUAAAUAAUUUUCCGAAAACCAGAAAAUUAUACGGUUCAAUAUUUUUAUUUGAAAAAAAUCCAUUUAUUUUCAGCAAAAUUACAUGGCUUCAUAAUUUCAAUUCCAAAAACGUAUUGAAAAAUUUAAUUUUUGCGGUAACCAGAAAAAUAAUACGUUUCAAAAAUUUGACUUCAGAAUUCCAUUUAAAACCGUAGUUAAUGAAUUUGGAGAAACAUUUGAAUUGCAGAUGUUUUCGCUCUAAACCGCACGGCCGCAUUUCGAGUAUCAUUUUGCAAAGGUUUUGGUGGACAAUAUAAACGUGCUAGUGUUAUGACAUCUCCAUGUUGGAUUCAAUGUGUUUUACCAGGUCCAAAAAUGUGGUUGAAUGAUGUUUUAUAUUGUAUGGGAUUGCCGAAAAUGGAAUGUGGUUCGAGAACAUAA